AUGUCGCUCACCAAGCUCCCAAAAGAACUCCUCACGGCCAUCUGUCAUUAUCUCUUCCCGGACUAUCCCAGCAACGACCACCUCCCCGUCCAAGCCCUGGCUAGCCUGGCCCACACCUGCAAGGUGAUGAACGACAUUAGCGUCCCCAUCCUCUAUCGCCGGAUCCGAGUUGGUAGAACCGGCAACACCAUCACCUGCGCCCGGACGCUUCUCGAGCGACCUGACCUCGCCCAGUGUGUUCGGGUCGUCGAGAUCUACGGCCGUGAUAGGAGGUUCCCGCCACCACAGUUCGACUUCGAGCUGAUGGCCCGGAUACUCACCAAGCUGUCUGUGGACCUGCCCCCCUCCCUGAACAUCGCAGACCUCAAGUCAGAGGAGUUCCACGCCCACAUACUUCUGAUGCUCACGCCAGAGGCAGAGCGGGUCCACUACCGCCUUCAUCCACAGGACCCUGGUGUUGACCAUCGCGAUAAGCUCGAGAUGAGCAACACCAUGCAGGCCACGACCGGAAUCAUCCCGUUGCUGGAAAACGUCAAGCACGUCGACUUUGAAGCGCGGCAGGCUAGCUACGACUCGCAGCUCUUUCGCCAAGCUCUGCUUCUGGAGAGGUUCCAGAUGCAGUGCAUUGCCAGCAUCGUGGGCAUACCGGACGAAUGCUACACGCAUCUCAACACGCUCAGCCUCACAAACUCCUCGAUCAAGCCCGAGGUCCUGCUUGAGCUGCUACAGGAGCUACCCCGGCUAGAGCGUUUCGCCUUCCGCUCGGUCAGGAGGCGCGACAAGAACACCACGCGCCCCCACGAGGUCAUGGGCGUCCUGAUGCUGACCUGCAUGGACCGGCUGAAGCGCCUGGACCUCGACUUUAGCGACGGCGAGACCGGGCGGCAGCGCUUGGGCAAUGACUACGACUUCCGGGGUUUCACGGCACUCGAGGAGCUGGCGCUCGACUACGAGGCCCUGACAGGCAAGAAGGCCCGCGGGCUCUGCGCGACCAAGCCCAGCCCCUUCCUGAUCGACAUGUUGCCCCAGCAGAUCAAGUCGCUCGACAUCCACGGGUGGGAGCCGAGCGAGAAGAACGGGCGGCGGCCGACCCGGAGCGGCCGGUCGCCCAUCUCGAGGAGCCUGAUCAGGCACCUGCUGCAGGAGAGGGAGCAUUUCCCGGAGCAGUUCCCGGAUCUGGAGCUGGUGCGGCUCAACGGAAAGGAGAUGUAUUGCCGCGAGGGAGCCACCGCGCACCGGCCUCUCCCGCUCGAUUUCGACCAGUACGAUGCCUUCUUGUCCUAG